AUGUGUUUAUACCAUUUUUGCAGCAAGUUUCCAGAUUAUUACAGUGAACUUGCCGACGGUCAGAGACCCAAGAACAUUGCCAACUUGGGUCCUUCAUUCAAUCAGAUCUUACACAAGUCAUUGAAUAUGCUGUCUCAGAACUUAAGUGACUUCAUAGAUGAUUGGGUUAAAAUUGGUUUACCUGCAAAGGCUAAGGUCAAGGCUGAGUUUGGCCAUUUAGCAGAAGAGGAAAAGCUUGAGAUCUGUGAAAGGGAGGUUGUGAACUUGUCUCUGAUAAACCUACUGACUUAUCCAUAUGUGCGAGCCGGGCUAGCAAACAAAACUUUACAGUUGAUGGGUGGAUACAAUGAUUUCGUCAAGGGAACUUUUUGUCUAUGGGAGCUUAACUUUGGCAUGAAAUCCCUUCUCUUUGUUUGA